CCCGGAUCCGAUCCUAAUAUCCGUAAUUCCCUUCAACAGAAAUAACAAAGUCUCCCGCGAAGUCUGGUCAAGCAUUCUGGAUACCCGGCAACCCAUCACAACUUGGCAAACAUUGUCUCUGAGCCGCUCCUUGGCAAAUGUCACAUUCGGUCUUGGUAUUGUAGGAAAAGAUACGAAAAAGUUUCACAUGACUUUCGUCUCUAUAUCUUUUCCGCUUCUUUUGAUUUCCAUCACCAUACCCCCCUCCUAUGCCCUUCCGGCUCGUCCAACCUGAAGAAUCUCACCCGUCAGCCGAUCGUCGCUGCGAAGUACCGGCCAAGAGCUGCCGUCCGCCUUGACCAGUGUAACUUCAAGCUUGGUGCCCAAGAUCUUAAAGGUCGACUUGGCAGCAUCUAUCGUCCCAAACAGCGGGACCUGCGCCUUGUAUCGCUUCGGCACGGGCGCGUCUGUCGUCAGAAGGUCCAGGUCGAUGGUCUUGUCCUGGAAUUCCACCUUGGAAGCCUCCUUGUCGAUCUUCUUGAGGAAGAACGAGGCAAUCACCGAUGUAGGGGUUUGGUAAAAGUCGGUUCUGUACAAGAAUGAAAAAAAAAAGGCGGCGAUAAGCAUAUGUUUUUCCGUCUAGACCAACCAUCGGCGGUCAAGGGAGGUGGAUCGAUAUGUUUCUGCUCGAUAGGAUACCCGCAGACACAGCCCAGUCUUGGCCGCGGUCUUGCUUGCGUCGCGCGUAGGAAAGCCUAUGAAGCAGAAAUCGCGAUGGGGAAGGGAGGGGGAAAACAAGGGAGUAGAGUAAACUCACCUGACCGUCUCCAGGACCUCUUCACCACCAGCCGACGACGUCUUGGCCUUGUCUUUUUCUCCGCUCCCGACGAACAAAUGCCUGGCCUUUGUCUUACAACCCUCAAUCUUCAUGAACUGGUCAAACUCGAGGACGCGGCGCUUGCAACAGCUGUAACCCUUGCUGCCCUCGUGGAAGAUGGGCGCUCCCGGGUGGUGCACGCAGCUCUCGCCUUCCCGGCUGGAGCCCUUCUUGUAGGCUACACCGCAUCCCUUCCGCCUGCAAACGCGGCCGUCCGGAAUCUCGAUUGUGGCGUCGUCAUCCUCCGACUCGGCGACGGGGGGUGGUGGAGUGGGUAUGUGCUGAGGGGCGGCGACGGGCGCACGGGGUGGCGGGGGAGGGAGGUUUGUCGUCUCGACGAGACCUUCCGGAGCAGCUUCCCUCUUUUCGAUCUUUGGCGGGAUAUCGGUUGUGCUGUGCUUGCCCUCGGUGCAUGGCUCAAUGGCCAUGAAUUCCUCAAAGGUGAGAACGCGCGGCUUGCAGCACUUCCAUCCUGUUCCCGAGGCAAAAGAAGGUUGUGGUCAGCUUGGCGGGGUCUAGAGAUAUCAAUGUGAUAGGCAGGCCAGAGGGAAGCUGCAGGAUGGUGGUUGACAUACCUUUCUGGCCCUCGUGGAAGACGGGGGGACCGGGGUGGUAGCGGCACACCUCUUCGGGGUCUGUAUACUCCUUGCCGCAACCUUGAUGGACACACUUUUGAGCCAUGGUGACAGGAGCUUUAGGUAGGUACCUGGAAGGCGGGGAGGGGUCGUCCGGAGCUGUCUUUGUGAGAUUGGAAUCGACUUUGUUGGUGGUGAGGAAGCGAAAACUGUCGCUGUUGAUGGUUGUUGAUGUCAAAACAACAAACAAUUAAUCGCUGCCAAACAAAGGGGUUUGGGCGGUCAGAUUCAGGGCAUCUAUGGAAGCUCCCUCGAAGAAAAUGGAAGCUCCCGUUGCCCGCUGUCGCUGAUACGGUUGGUGGGGGCGGGGAAGCUGUGGAAACGCGUCGUCGCGACUGCCCAGCGGGCCGGGGUUUAGAGAUCUGGCCUAGCCAUAAACGGUUUAGUCCAUUGGCAAUAAAACAGCCUUAGGCCAUGAGCCUGUUUCGAUAUCUGACUCGCUUUCAACGUCAACUCAUCAAAAUAACCUACCAAUACACCGGUUUCACCGAGCUUCAUACCAAGCAAUCAUGCGGGCUACCGCUCGUCUACUUCAAUCAUGCAGAAUAACCUUCUUCACACGUAAAACCUGCGGACUAUGCACCCAGGCAAGAUCAGUUUUAUCAGACGUCUGGGAUCAACGGCCGUUUGCCUUCGAAGAGGUUGACAUUGUUGAUCCCAAGUCCAAACCAUGGUUGGAUCUCUAUGACUUUGAUGUCCCCGUGAUUCACAUCAGCAAGUCUGAGGCGCCCGAAGAAGAUCCCAAGCUGUCUUCCCAGGCCGUGAAAUUGAUGCAUCGGUUUACAGUAGACCAGGUCAAAGCAAAGAUGGACCUUGUUGAAAAGUCAUGAGCAUGCCGGCGGCCUCCAGCAUGACCAAUGAUGUCAGUCAUUUGUUUUGCUAUCGUAUAUACGAAGUUCUGGACCAUCUAGUCUAGCAGUCCGAACCGUACGACAGCCCGUGGAAGGAUGAGAGUACAGCUGUGCUAAUCACGGUUGCACAUGUAAACCUACCAUCGCUAGCCAUCUCUUCACAGCCUCAAUACGAAGCGGCCUUUUCACCUGGAACCUUUCCCUGGGCAACGGCGAGUGCGUCCACCAUUGUAGCCUGAAGAGCCGUAAAAUCCGUGGCCACGUUGAUCAUAUGGAAUCCCAUAUCAGCGUACUUCUUUGCCUGCUCUCCACCGGUGCAGAAUAUACCACACUUCUUGCCAGCUGCCACCGUCGCCUUAUAGAUACGGGCAAUAGCAUCGUCCAACUCAGCAUCCGUCUUGCCGUUGAUGAUUGGGUGGCCGAUAUUGUUGCCUAGGUCAAAAGGCCCGAUGAAUACAACAUCAACUAGUGGCGCAAUCUCUUCCACGGAAUCCAGAGCCUCCUUGGUUUCGAUCUGCACCAUGGUCAACAGGCUGUCGUUGGCUUGCUGAAGAUACUCUGUAAGCGUCGGUUCCGGAUGGAAGUUUUGCACCGCAAUCGGGGAACCGAAUCCUCUCGUUCCCAGUGGUGGGAACUUGGCUGCUGAUACCACGCUCUUGACCUCAUCAACAGUCCGGAUCAGCGGUACAAGUAUCUGAACCUCUGGUUAGCCGGACUCACUCAACACAAGGGGAGUUCUGUCAUUCUCACUCCGUGUGCACCGCUAUCCAAUGCCCCUGUGAGCGCAACGUCAGCCACUGCCGGAUAGUUGGGAGAUCAUCUGAACACUCACGUUUCACCAUCCAAGGUUGGAUGUCCGGUAGUCGAACAAUAGGGGACACACCCAGGGCGGCAAUGGCCGGAACCGCGUCAUGCAUUGCAGCAUCUAGCAGGGUGUCACAGAUUAGUCUUGGGGUUUCACCAUUGACAUAGAUCUACAACGGAAUAGGCCUCUUACCGUCGAUGUUGCCGUGUUCACAGUCCACCAUUACCCAAUCUCCACCCGACCUGGCCAGUACACGAGAAACAUUGGCACCGGGAAUCAUCUGCCAGAAGCCCAUAGCUGGCCGCUUGCCUUCGGUGAAGACCUGCUUCAGUUUGUUUGACGUUGUCAUCUUGGCGGAUGCAGCCAUAGCGGACGACGACAUGAACCGAAGUGGUUGGCCGAUGCGAGGAUGAUGUAUUCCGGACGAUACGGACUGACGAGAUAUACAGAGGCGGAAUGUUUGUAGCGCGCCGGUUACUGCUGCUGCUCUUGUCCGAACCAUGGUGGAUCCUUUAUAAACAGUCCGAGAGUCGCUCUUUUCAACAGGCCACCACCCAACGGGGAUGUUUCAAAAGAGGCGAUAUGAUUCGAAACCCGGAAAUCCACGCAAGGGGUGAGUGAGGUUUGUCUAAUGACUCCCACCAACAUCUACUUUCACAACGUUGGAGAUCUGCGGGGGCGGAGUUGAGGCUUUUGCGGGGUAACACAUGGAGGAACUGUUAGCUUGGGAUCGUGACCCCCUCUUAUAACCGCCAUUCACCGAAGGCAUUGCCAAGUAUUUGGUGAUGCCUUCAAGCAAUAGAUAUCGAUGCCAAGGGGAUGCCCAGGCCGAAAUGUAG